UCCGCUCCCGGCAGUGCCGGAGUCGGGUGGGUCGGUGGCUAUAAAGCUGCAGAGGGCGGGAGGCACAGUCUACAGUCCUCCGUGCUUUGCCCCGUUCUACGCCUAGGGUCCUGUCGCGUUUGGUGCCUGAAGGAGGAAGCGGUGACAGACCUGGAGACUACAGUUCUCUGUCCUUCACACAGUUCUUUCACCAUGCCUGGGUCACUUCCUUUGAAUGCAGAAGCUUGCUGGCCAAAAGAUGUGGGAAUCGUUGCCCUUGAAAUCUACUUUCCUUCUCAAUAUGUUGAUCAAGCUGAGUUGGAAAAAUACGAUGGUGUAGAUGCUGGCAAGUAUACCAUCGGCCUGGGUCAGGCCAGGAUGGGCUUCUGCACGGAUCGAGAAGACAUCAACUCUCUUUGCCUGACCGUGGUUCAGAAGCUGAUGGAGAGAAAUAGCCUUUCCUAUGAUUGCAUUGGGCGGCUGGAAGUCGGAACAGAGACAAUCAUCGACAAGUCAAAAUCAGUGAAGUCUAAUUUGAUGCAGCUGUUUGAGGAGUCUGGGAAUACAGAUAUAGAAGGGAUAGAUACAACCAAUGCGUGCUAUGGGGGCACAGCUGCGGUCUUCAAUGCUGUGAACUGGAUCGAAUCCAGCUCGUGGGAUGGACGAUACGCUCUGGUAGUUGCAGGAGACAUUGCCAUAUAUGCCACAGGAAAUGCCCGACCCACCGGUGGGGUCGGAGCUGUGGCCCUGCUGAUUGGGCCGAACGCUCCUUUAAUUUUUGACCGAGGGCUUCGUGGGACACACAUGCAGCACGCCUACGACUUCUACAAGCCUGACAUGCUCUCUGAAUACCCUGUGGUCGAUGGGAAGCUCUCCAUACAGUGCUACCUCAGCGCACUGGACCGCUGCUAUUCUGUCUACCGCAAAAAGAUCCGUGCCCAGUGGCAGAAAGAGGGAAAGGAUCAAGAUUUUACCUUGAACGACUUUGGCUUCAUGAUCUUUCACUCACCAUAUUGUAAACUGGUGCAGAAAUCUCUAGCUCGGAUGUUCCUGAAUGACUUUCUUAACGAUCAAAACAGAGAUAAAAACAGUAUUUACAGUGGGCUGGAAGCCUUUGGGGACGUUAAAUUAGAAGAUACUUACUUUGACAGAGAUGUGGAAAAGGCAUUUAUGAAGGCUAGUUCUGAGCUAUUCAACCAGAAAACAAAGGCAUCUUUGCUUGUAUCUAAUCAAAAUGGAAAUAUGUACACAUCCUCUGUGUAUGGCUCUCUGGCUUCUGUCCUGGCACAGCACUCACCGCAGCAGUUGGCCGGGAAGAGGAUUGGCGUGUUCUCUUACGGUUCUGGCUUGGCUGCCACUUUGUACUCCCUUAAAGUCACACAAGACGCCACACCAGGAUCUGCUCUUGAUAAAAUAACAGCAAGUUUAUGUGACCUUAAGUCAAGGCUCGACUCGAGAACUUGCGUGGCGCCGGAUGUCUUUGCUGAAAACAUGAAGCUCAGAGAGGACACACAUCACUUAGCCAGCUAUAUUCCCCAGUGUUCAAUAGACUCACUCUUCGAAGGAACAUGGUAUCUAGUCAGAGUGGACGAGAAGCACAGAAGAACUUAUGCCCGGCGCCCCUCCACGAAUGACCACAGUUUGGAUGAAGGUGUAGGCCUUGUACAUUCAAACACAGCAACAGAGCAUAUUCCAAGCCCUGCCAAGAAAGUGCCAAGGCUCCCUGCAACCUCAGCCGAGUCUGAAUCAGCUGUCAUCAGUAACGGGGAGCACUGAGCUGUCUGUGGCCUUCACAGAGGCUGGGGGCUGGGAUGGGGUACGGAAACGGUUGGAGGAAUGGAUGUCUUGGGACAAUUUUACAGAUUACGUGUUACUUAAAAUGUAAUGUAACUGACACAGAGCCCAGAAAACUAUUGUGUUUUUGGAAAAGUCUCUCUGUUGAACUUGCUAACAUGCUUCCUGUUGUGGUCUGGCCAGUGGUGAAUGCACUGCAAUGAUGUUAAAGGGCUCUGUAGAACUUUAUACCUCUCUGGAUGUUUAUACGCAUGCAGUUUAGUUUUCAAACGUGGUAUGAACCGAGUGCUUCUGACAGCAGAAAGCGGAGGUACUAGUGUCCAAUUUUAAAGUUUUUUUUCUUUUUUUAUGUGUAAGAAUUUUAUACUUAAUAAAAAAGUACCUGUAGCUUUUUGGGGGAAAAAAAAAACUUUUCUAGGUUGGGGAUUGUGGAAUUUAAAUGUUACACACAAAACCCUGCUUGAAUAUGGCAAGGUGAACAUGUAUCUUUUUCGAAGAUUUGUAAAUCCUGAACAGGAAAAAAAAGAGGGUAUAUGGUUCUAGGAUCUGGAUGAACCAUCAGUGAGAAAGGUUAGCCGUAAUCACGUGAGCAGAAAGAUGCUGGCAUUGAGUGGGCCUCCGUCACAGCAAGCAGGGUACACCUGGGCGCGGUGGACGCAGCAGGGGACUCUCAGGUCAGCGCGGUUGGGCUCAGCAGCACUGAGAUAGCUGCGGUGGGGCUGCUGUGCAGAGCCCGCUGCCGACCCGAGCACCUCACCUGCAGGAUAAAUGUAAAGUGGGAAGGAUGGGGCAGGGCAUUAGGUUACAGUGUUACAGGUCCAGUAUAGACUGACAGCUUAAAUUCACCGGACACCUUUCUUCCUUUGUGCUUUGUGUAUUUUUGUGUUUUGUUUGUUUUUGUAUCUGUUCGAUAAAAAUAAGAAAAUUUAACCCACAUUUUCACACAGUGAACAUUUCACAUAGUCUGAUUAGCCAAAAAGGAAUAUUCACUUCAAGAUCUAGAAGUAGAACUCAUACCAUUUUUUUCCCCUAAACUUUGGUUUUUGAAACAACAAAAACUACCACAUGAGAUGAAAAAGAAAAUUCACUAGAAAGUUCUCUGGGUGAUUUUUGGUGCUGAACAAUGGCAUGAGCCUCACAGACUGUAAAAUAGAGGCAGUUGGAACUAAUGGACAGAACUAAAUUGUUUUAACCUUAUUCGCGUUUAAUUCUGUGAAGUUUCAGUUAUCUAAAAUAAACGCAUAAAUGUGUAAUGUUUCAGACUGCAAGGUGAUGUAAUGUAGCAUUUGUAAGAUACUCUUGUCAAUAUUAACUAGUAGGAUUUUGAUUUGUACAGUUUUAAUUGGUUAAAAUGAUCUCAUUUUAACAUCCACUGCUAUAGAUGAAUAAUGUAAGUUCAGAUUUAAUGAAUUGGUGGGGAAAUGGUGCAUGUAAUUUUUUUGCAAGUAUUAAGAGUUCUGUAUGUUUUGAAAAGAGUAAUUUAGCAUUUGGGUGCCAAGAAGUGGGGUUUCUCAGAGUCCAUUGGCUGCAGUGGGCAAGCCUGGUGAUCCUGCUGACUGGCACGGAGCGUUAACCACACCUUAUUAAUAGCAAGGCCAAUAACUUUGAAAUAAAGUUUUAGACAAAUA